AUGGGCUUAAUUACCCUUAUCUGCAACAUCCUCAUAACCGUAGCCGUUAUCCUAGCCAUAACCACCAUACUUAUCUGGCUCAUAUUCCGUCCCAACGCCGUCAAAUUCUAUGUAACCGACGCUAAUCUGAACCGGUUCAGCCUCGACUUAAACAACAACAGCAACCUCCACUACGAUCUUAAUCUCAACUUCACGAUCCGUAACCCUAACCAACGGCUAGGAGUCUACUACGAUGUGGUUCAGGUCAGUGGAUAUUACGGAGAGCAGCGGUUUGGUUAUGUAGACGUUUCGCCGUUUUAUCAGGGACAUAAGAACACGACGGUGGUUGUGACAAAGGUUAAGGGACAGAACUUGGUGGUGUUCGGGGAUGGAGCGAGAGCGGAUUUGAAGGAGGAUGGAAAAGCUGGAGUUUAUAGGAUCGAUGUGAAGAUGGUGAUGAGUGUUAGGUUUAGGUUUUGGGUGGUAACGUCAUGGAAAUUCAAACCGAAGAUUAAGUGUAGUGAUCUUAAAGUUCCUCUCGUGUCCUCUAAUUCGACGAGCGGGUUUAAGUUUCAAACUAGGGAGUGUGACUUUGACUUUUAUUAGUCAACCAUGCAGUUUUGUGGAUUGUUUUUAAAGUUCAAUAGU